UUAAAAAAUUGAAAUUGUUCAUUUACAUCCCUGUAAUUUCAUCAUUUUUCUAACUCUACUAAUUUCAAAGUUAGUAGCAUAACCACUUUCUGAUACGCAUUGGGUAACCGACGAAGGAAGAAAGAAAAGAAAUUGUUUCAAUCUCUCUCUCUCUCUUUAUCUCUUUCUCAAAUGGAAAACGCUAGUAGAGGAAAAACACUUUGGAAGACAAUGAAACAACGUUUAGGAUUCAAUGCCAUUAGCAUUUGUGGAUCUUCAUGGAGUUUACAAACAUCCGACAACAACGAUCAGAUUUCAGCGCCGCUUCGACGUCGGACCGGACUGCGACAAAUCUCCGAGGGAAAUACGGUCGAGGGGAUGAACUUGGCGACGGCGCUGGCGGCGGAGCGUGGGAGAAAUGGACCGGAGGAGGAAACUAUAGGUCAGAAUGUCGGGAAACCGUUUAGAUCUUUAUUGGGACAGUUACAAGGAAGUGCGGCGGCGGCCGCCGGGAAUGAUCCGACGAGGAAGAGGCGCGGGAUUGGUGAAGAAAUAGAGGGAUUUGAUUCUAUGUGCUGCGUGUGUAUGGAAAGAAAAAAGGAUGCGGCUUUUAUUCCGUGUGGACAUACUUAUUGUAGAGUGUGUUCUCGAGAGUUGUGGUUGAAUCGUGGCUGUUGCCCUCUUUGUAACUGUUCCAUCACUGAUGUACUUGAUAUCUUUUAGUAAUAUUAGUUUUUUUUGUUUUUGUUUUUUUGAAAGUAAUAGUUGUUUAUUUUAUUCUGAAUGCUAUG